CCAACAAUAAAAUAUCCACGGAAGAGAAAAUUAGAACCCUCCCAAAUCUCAUAAAUAAUAAAUACUCAUCAUUCAUUCACAUCUUCAAUCGGAGGCGCCUCAGCGGCUCACACUCCUGCAAUAAAUCACACAUCUUUAUGUAGUAGUAUUAGUGGAGCAGUAGCAUGUCCAGCAGCAGCAAACGCUGCGAAUCAGCGAUCCCAUUCCCAACCGCGGCACUGUCGGCGUCGUCGUCGGCGCUGGACCCCGAGCUCGUCGAAAUCUUGCCUCCCAUGGCCUCCAGCUCGAGGUGGUGGUGGGCGCCGUGGUGGUGGGCGUCGUCUUUUUCCUCCUCCUCGUCUCGGCACCACAAGGGAGACGGGGGGUGGGGGCUGGGCGGGCCUGUGCUGGUGAAGGCCGUCGGGUGGCUCCUCGUCGCCGGCCUCUUCUUCCGGGCGCUCUGCUCCUUCCCCUCCUCGUCGCCGGAGAUCAGCAAAGGGAAAUGCAACCUUUUUGAUGGGGAAUGGAUUCCAAAUCCCUCAGGCCCAGCCUAUACAAACAAAACUUGUCGAUUUAUUGAUGGUCAUCAGAACUGUAUGCGGAAUGGUAGACCUGACAUGUCAUAUCUACACUGGAGGUGGAAACCAUACGAAUGUGAAAUGCCACAAUUUGAUGCAGUGAAAUUUCUAAGUGCUAUGAGGAACAAAUCCUGGGGCCUGAUUGGUGACUCCAUUCUUCGUAAUCAAAUUCAGUCAUUGAUUUGCCUUUUGUCUGAGGCUGAAGAACCUGUUCAGGUCUACCAUGACAAGGAAUACAGAAACAGGAGAUGGCACUUCCAAUCGUACAACUUCACACUGUCACUCAUCUGGAGUCCCUUCCUCAUCAAAUCUGAGGUAUUUGAAAAUGAGAAUGGGCAAUCCACCGCUGAAAUCCAGCUUCACCUUGAUGUACUGGAUCCAGUUUGGACAAGUCAGUAUGACAGUUUUGACUAUGUUGUGAUUGCUGGUGGACAAUGGUUUCUCAAGAUAGCGGUCUACUGGGAGAAUGGUAGGGUUAUAGGUUGCCAUAAUUGUCAGGACAAGAAAUUACUUGAACUUGGGUUUGAGCAUCUCUACCGCACGACUCUGCAACAGGUUUUCAGAUUCAUCACAUCGGCAAACCACAAGCCAGUUGUUCUGUUCAGGACUUGGGCACCGGAUCACUUUGAGAAUGCGGAGUGGUUCAACGGGGGAUCUUGUAGCCGGGUAUUGCCUUACAAGAAGGGAGAGUACAUGGGAAAAGACAUCGAUCAUCUCAUGAGACCAAUCGAACUUGAAGAGUUCAAGAAGGCCAUAGCUGGUUCUCGGAAUGCUGCGAAUCUGAAGCUCUUGGAUACUUACAGACUUUCAUCCUUGAGACCUGAUGGCCAUGUUGGGUCUUACAGGUAUCCAUUUGUGAAAGGUGACAAGGAUGCCAAAUCAGUUCAGAAUGAUUGCCUGCAUUGGUGUGUACCAGGCCCUAUCGACGCCUGGAAUGAUCUCGUUAUGAAGAUGGUACUGAACUGAUGAAACCUCUGAGAUUAUACUGAAAUGCAGGGUUUGUUUCAAGCACAUUUGCCGGUCUCAAAUCAGGGUCAGUUUCCUGUGCUCGGUCGUGUACUGGUUGAACCGAAUGUAAAACCCAAAUUUUUGCUAGUUGUAAAUCACAGUUCGGUUUCGGGCCGGGAAGUGACUUGUUACUUAUGCUGGGCGGAUGUAACUUGGAAGUCACUCUGGUUGUCUGCUCCCAUCUCUAUGUGAAAAUUUCAGUGAAUGGGUUUGGAGAUAGUUCUUGUGUUUUGGACAAUAGAAUAUAGAGUCAAUUUCAUGUAACUGUAAUUAUUGUCAUGGUUAUCAGUUUGGUGCAACUUUAGCUAUAUAUUUCAGAAAACUACAACAAUAGUCUAUAUUUUAUUAGAAAGCUGUAAAUUUAUUUGUUUGAAAAAUUUUAGGUUCAUAU